AUGGGUCCGCAGCAGCAGAGAACGGAAGUGGGCCACCGGAAGCUCUCCCCUCAGCCAAUCUUGGAGCCGGGUCCCGGGCCGCCGGAGCGGGCAGGGGGCGGUGGCGCGGCCCGCUGGGUCCGGCUGAACGUGGGCGGCACCUACUUCGUGACCACCAGGCAGACCCUAGGCCGGGAGCCCAAGUCUUUUCUCUGCCGCCUCUGCUGCCAGGAGGACCCGGAGCUGGACUCGGACAAGGACGAGACAGGGGCCUAUCUGAUUGACAGGGACCCUACCUACUUUGGUCCAAUCCUAAACUACCUCCGCCACGGGAAGCUCAUCAUUACAAAGGAGUUGGCAGAAGAAGGCGUCCUGGAGGAAGCGGAGUUUUACAACAUUGCAUCUCUCGUGCGACUGGUUAAGGAAAGAAUACGGGACAACGAGAACAGAACUUCACAGGGCCCCGUGAAGCACGUGUACAGAGUCCUGCAAUGCCAAGAGGAGGAGCUCACGCAGAUGGUAUCCACUAUGUCCGAUGGUUGGAAAUUCGAACAGCUCAUCAGCAUCGGAUCUUCCUAUAACUACGGGAACGAGGAUCAGGCAGAGUUCCUCUGUGUUGUCUCCAGAGAACUAAACAAUUCUACCAACGGCAUUGUCAUUGAGCCCAGUGAGAAGGCCAAGAUUCUUCAGGAGAGAGGGUCUCGGAUGUAAACUCCGAGUCCUCAGUGACGGGCGCGCCCAGCCGAGCUCCUGUACAGAAACCGAGCUACUGCCAAGCCAAGCCGCACCUGGCCCCCCGCGGAGGAGAGUUCUGGUCAAAACCAAAGGAACCCCACCCCCCCCACAGGAACCCGAAGACAGAUGCCACUUUCAGCUGCACAAUACCUUCUCAGAAACCUGCUUUUCUUUUCGUAGCCAGUGUUGUAACCUCUCCAAGAGCACUGGGCUGGGUUCCCAGGUGGAGCUUAUCUCAGGAUGGGGCGGGGAGGAGGAAGGCCUAGGUCCUUGCAGAUGCUGUACGUCCCCGAAGCCGGAGGGCGCGAAAGACCGUUGUCCUGAGCUGUGCCACGUUUUCACCUGAGUGUGCCCUGUUGGACGUGGGCAGCCACGUCAUCACACCACAUUUCUCUUCACACACCCCAGACUACCGCAGCAGACGCAGAGGAGUCUGGUUUAGGCUGUUGAACUGAGGUUUCGGUGAAGGAUAGAGUCUCCAGAGCACCCCCACAUUCCUAUGAACAAAGCCUCUUUGAGGAGGGGAGGAUGGGGGGUCGCAGCUCUGGAUUUACGCCACCAGCUGCCCCCUGUUCGGCUUGCCUCAUUAGUCUCCAGCAGCUGGCACCCCACCCCACCCCCUGCCCCAGAGAGCUCACCUCCCCAGGAAGAGUUCCGAGGCCGGCGGUGUCCUGUACCAAGUCAGACACGCAGACUGGUGGGCGCUGUAGGUGUUGGCGUAACUGCUUAUGCAGCCUUUGCUUGCCCUCUGUUGGCCCAUGUUCCUUCCCUGACUUGUUAAACUGGGGCCGAGGAUACAGGGAUUUUGGACCCUCUGCUGCCUUGGGGUGGAGACGGCCGUUUCCUCUGAAAGUUGCCAAACGUGGUAGGUUGUAGUAUCAAAAGUGGCAUUGUUUUUGUGGUCGUCUCGGAAAUGCCUUGAUUGAAAGUGUGAUAUUUGUGUCUCUUCUUGGUUUCUGACCUGGGCAGUGGUUGUGAGCCCAUGCCAUCCGCCGUAGUGUGUGUGCGUGCGUUUGCCGGGCGGGCCCAGGACCCCCUCACCUGACCGGCCCCUCACCGCCGCUUCCUUCUGUGGGGGCCGAGGCAUUGGUGAGCCAGUGCUGUUCAGUCAGGAGCCAGGCCUCAGAGCUCGCGACGGACUGCUGUCUGAGCGUCCGAGUCUGGGCGAGCAGUCGUGGGGUGCAGAGGGGCCCGAGAACGCGGGCUUUUCCCCGGUGACUUUUAGUGUGGCAGGCGGUCCAGAGAAGGGGGAGUGCCCGUGGGGAGCACUUUGUCCAUAAAAGACCCCGCAAGCCCAUGGGUCCUAAGCUGAGGUUCCCUCUGCCCCCCAACUCAGCUGCUCACCGCAUGGGUCUGGAGUCAGGGUUUCUUUAAAGUGACUGUCAACUGUGCCAAGUGUCUUUGAGCCUGUGACUGGCCCCUGCUCAGACAGGAACCUCACAUUGCCCUCACAUGUCUGUGUGUAGAGGGGAGAAGUGUGUCUGGGCGCCUGCUGACACGCCGUGUCUACACCCCCGCGUGAAUGUGCUUGUCGGCACCACGGACGUCUGGCCCGUGCCCAGGGUUCUUACAGCUGUAAAGUGUUGGAGGGACUGCUACCUACAAAAACAGUUGCCCCUGCAGAAUGGUUGCAGGUGUCCAUCCUGACAUCUUUCAGGGGGAGGAAGAAAAGAUUUGAACACGUCAGGUUAAAGCUGCUGUCAACCAGAGGCCGAUGGGUGAGGAGCUCUGGUCAAUGGGAAUAAGCACCGUCAGACUGAAAGGAGGCAAGCCUUGGCGUCUGGGGCCUCAAGCCCACGCAGACCUGCAGGAGCGAGGAGGCUGGAGGGCAGGGGGCAGCCCCUCUGGACGCGUCUUUCUCAUCGUGCUUCGCACAGGUCCACCUGGAGUCCGUGAAGCCCGCCGCACCCCUCGCUGAGCGCUCUUGAGGGACCAGCGGAAGCCUUUCCCCAGGUUCCCUCUCCGGGCCACCCAGCAACAGUCUCGGUUGUUUCAGCGCUCCAGGAAUCUGAGAGGGACUGUUUCUUAAGGUUUCUGGGAAAGUAUUUUCCCCAAGCCCUUCGUGAACCAAGUUGGUGUUUUUUUUUCUUGAAAGCCGCUCCCUCGGGGAGAGCCCGGCUGACCAUUCCAGAGAGAGGCCUGGCCAUUGGCUGGGGGGGUCACGUGAGCAGUGCCCCAUGCUGUCUGGCUGCCCAGGGCUGCCACGCGGGCAACGCCGGCCAGGCAGGGCCCAGCCUGCUCUGGAGUGACUUCGUUUAUGCACAGUUCUAACUGAUCUCAGGGGAGUCCGUGAGGCUUAGAGGAGGAAGAGACAGAUGCUGAGGGGAAGGGCUGAGAAGUCACCCACACCCUCCAGGAUGGCCUUAGAGCCAGGCCUUAGGGACCAUGCCUGCCACUUGUGGGUGCCCUUUGUUGCCGUGUGUGUCUUUGAAUAAAGUCUGAAAUGCUGUGACCCUUUUCCCCCCUCUUGUCAAUAAAGACAUGAAACAGACUUCUGAAUCUU